UUCGCACAGGUAUAAAAGCAUAUUGAAAAUCCUGCUGAUGCCCUUGUCGAGCUCCCCCACCUUACUUGCCUCAAGUUCCUCUACUGGCAGCUGUUGCUCGCACCUUACCCCGCCUCACGUCCUCUGUCAUGUUUAACUCUUCCACCAUGUCGCACUGUCGCCCUUGCACUUUUCGUGCUUUUCUCGUGUCUUUCAAUGGUCUCUGCUGCUCCAGUACCCCAUACCGCAGAAAUCGAAAAGAGAACCUGACCAUGUGGGCCGGAACAUGGUUCUACCCGGGCAAGGGCAAUUGCGGCUAUAUUGACGGCAAUAAUGACAAGAUCCUUGCAAUGUCGAAAUCCUUUUACGAUGCAAACGGCGGUUCAAACUGUAAUCAGUGGGUCUCAAUCGUCAAUGAGGGUAACGGCAAGUCAGCGUAUGGUCUUCUAAGGGACAGUUGCGAGAGCUGUGGAUGGGACGAUAUAGACAUGUCCCCGGGCCUUUUCGAAGAACUUGACGAUCUCUCAACCGGGGAGCUCACAGUCAAGUGGCACUUCAUGGCAAAGUCAUGGAGCCCGUAAGCGCCUCCCAACCAUCCUAUCCCCACUCCCGCUUGCCUUCACCUUCAUCGGGUUUUACGAUUGUUUUACGUUGGAAUUAUUUAGACAUGUCAGGAAUGUCGCAAGGAAUGAAGUUUCCAAUUGGUGUAUCAGUAUGUAACGGAUACCUGGUGGUCUUAUAUCUUUACAAACUACCAUUCACGACCCCGAGGCUCUGGAGCCUAUUGUUUGUUUGACGA